AAGAAGAACAAGAACAAGAAGAACAAGAAGAACAAGAAGAACAAGAAGAAGAAGAAGAAGAAGAAGAAGUAAAGAAUGAGGAGGAAGAGACGCAGCAAAAACAGCAGCAGCAGCAGCAGCAGCAACUGGAGUUGGAAGAGAAGACGAAUCCACUUCAGGAAAGGGUAAAGGAUAAACAGAAAGGAUCAUCUCUGAUAAAGAGUUUGGUAGAGGAUAUCGAAACUGGAGGUGAUACUGAUGACGACAGCACAGGAAAACAGGGCUACUUAGAGGCAACUCCUGUUAUAGAUGAGGUGCGACUCUUUAAAGCUCCCAACCUUAGCUAUGAAGAAAGUGAUGGCAUAAACCAGGAGCAUGAGUCGGCAGACUCCACAACGGGCUCACUCCCCAUAAAUAGUUCCCUCGAGGCUAACAAGAAGGCGUUUUGUGAAGCCAUGCUAUCAGAGACUGACGCCAGUCUAGACGAACUUUCUGCUUAUGAGGAUGAUGAUGAGGAGGAGAACGACACCCCUCCCGCCUUGCCCACAGCCAGUCCUCCACGCACUUCUGGAGCGUCACAGUUCUUGCACUCAUCUUUGAAGAACUGCGAGGACAUAAUAUCUUGGGAUAACGAUGAGCACAUGUGGAUAAGCAAGGAUACCUCGUGUUCUGCAGAAGAGGUAAUGGAAAUCUUUAAUGUUACACACGACACAGCUACAACACUUGCUGCAGGAAUUUCGCCUCGUGUCUCGGAAAUUGUAGAAGCCAAAGAAUCUCCUCAGAAUCACUGGGAAUAUUCUGCAUCGCCGCGCCCAUCAGUUCUUAUCGAGCGUCCUUACACCCUCUCUGAAGAUAUAAUGAAAGUCAACAAUUUUGCUGCCAAGCUUCAGGCUGAGCCUCUGAAGAUGAAAAUUGAUAAUGAAGAAAAAGAGACUGAGGAAAUUUUCUUGGAAAAGAAAAUUAUGAAUUUAAGCGGAGGCUCAAAAGACAGCAACAGCCAUCUGGUGGCAGCUAAGAAGACCUACUGGGACAAUCUCAUCGCUGAGAAGGAACAGAGUGAGAUAAAGAGUAAGGACAAAGUACAAAGCAGUGAAGGAAGGAAAGAGAAAAUUCAAAAGGUUGAGUACAAAGAUGCCGAAACUGUGGUACAGGCAAUCACUCCCUUAUCCUCAUCCAUGAGAGUUGCGGUUAAGAGAGAAUUAUUCUCCCAUCCACCAGUAGACUCUGAGUCCAGCAAGACUCCCUCACGAGGUAAACAAGUAAGUGGCGCUAUCACCAGCAAGCAAAAGGCUUACCACGAUCAGAAAAAGCUAAAGAAUGACAAUGAUAAAGAAAAAAAUGAAAAACAAGCAGCACUAGGCUCAUCUUUUGCACCUAAAAGUCCCUCACCAGUUCCCCUCGUGAAGGAAAGUGCAUCCGCUAUUGUCGAAGAUGCAGUAUUAGUCAACGAUGAAAACCUGAAAAGAAAUAUUGUGGCAGAAAAGAAAGGUUUCUGGGACGAUUUCAUAUUUAAGCGGGAAGAAGAGUUUAAGAAGGUAUCUGCCAUUGAGACACAGAGACUUGUAGUUAGAAAGGACAACAAGAGAGGUCGAAGUGAGGCUGAAAUUGAGAUUGAGGCACUGGCCAACGCAGCAGUUCCUGAGGAAGCAGCGAGAGAAACGACAUCCCUUGGUCGCACGUUAAGCAUCACUAUUAAGAGAGGGACCGUUAAGGCAAGUCAAACCAAGUAUGAGACACAAGUUGAAGAUGAGUAUUCUAAGUGGAAGAGGACGAAAGUCCAAUGGCAGAAAAAACCUGCAGAGGAGACAAAACUUCCUCAACCACUGUGCUUGCCAGGUCUAAAAGUUUCCACCAACACAGCUAACACUGGUAUAAAAGGCUGCCUGGCUCAGGAUAUACAGCAGAAGCCAGGGAGCCUUAUCCGGAGCCCCAUCAAGGUCAAAGCUACAAGAAGGACGAGAGUACCCGCAUCCAAGCCACAAGAUGAACUCGACACUUCAGAUGAAGAGGAUGCUGGUAAAACCAGAGUGAAGCGGAGGACAAGUAUUGAGAUUCAGAGUGGGUUGGUACAGAAGUGCCGUUCACAAUGGGAGACUAACACGGCAAGGACAGGCUACUGGACAUGGAAGAGGCAGAAAGUGUCACCAGCCAAAGGCAAGGUAGUUUCGCAACACAUCUGCACCCUCUCCCAGAGGAAGGCAAUUGGGAAGGUGCCCUUGAGGAGCACGUCUCCUCUCUCCCCAAGACGGUCUUCACCUAGUCACCAACACACCCUCAGCCCUUCUUCCAGCCCGUCCAGACUUACCCCAGAACGAGCCUCUGCCUACGGCCAAACAGUCGGGUUACCCGUGCAGAAAGGUAGAGACUACUGGGAACAAGACCAGUCCAGAACACCAACCCCUUCUCCACCAGUUGAGAUCCCUAAGAGGCCUCUCACCCCGGACGAGGCACACCAUUACCUGAGCAGCAUGCGUGGCAAGGUGGCACAGCAAAGGCGAAGAUUUGACAGUCUGGGCAGUGUUAUUAGUUCCAGCAGUGCUGGAAGUUUGGACAGUCUGGAUAACAUUCUAGAACCCCGAGGCAGCGAUAACAUCCCUGUGAGCCUUCACACAAGUGAACAACAGCUGCCUGUGGUUCCAGGAAGGCGUAGCACUGCCUCCUCGUCCGGUAUGGUGGGUCGCCAGAGGACGCUGUGGGAGAACAAGACCAAGGUCAUGCCACCGAUGGGAAGUAAAACAAGUCCCAUUAAUGCCAAGAGGAGAGUACUGGAGCGCCGCCACUCAGCUGAGGUGCUACCUGUGGUAGGAGUGGAGGGCAAGGCUGAGGGUGAGGACGAGGGAGAGGAGGAUGUGAGGGCACUGCAGGAGGAACAGGAGAGACGGACGAUCCUCUACGUUCUCCAUAAUACGGUGGAGGGUGAACUACUCCUGGAAACAUUCACUGACUUCGACCAGGACUCUCGACGGACCCUCACCGAGUCAGGCCAUGAUGUCACACAAGGGCAUGAACUUCCCAAAGACGGGUUGCUUCGCCCACCGCAGCCUGCCAACAGGAGGAAGAAACGAAUGGAGGCAAGCACAGGACGCCCGGUGGACCGGCAGGGAAUAGACCGUACAGAUAAAGGGCUGUGUCCCACUGUGCCCAACCUGCCACUCCUACUUGCUCCCACAGCCCCCGUCCAACCAGAUGUUGUGGACGAUGGGUAUCUGAAGUACAAACAUAACUUCGCGUCUGCUAGGCAACUGUUUGAGACAGGGAUGAGGGAGAUAGGGUCAGACUUUCGUCCUCACAAAGAAACAGGCAGUGUGAAAGUCACUAAUGCUGACAGUUUGGCCACGAUUGCAUCCAGUGGAGACCUUACGGCAACUCAAGGCAGUCCUGCCUCCUUAACGCCACCGCCGUCCCCAUCCGACACCGGAUCGCUCUCACUCCAGACAUCCCAAAACAUUCCUGACUCCUUGACGCCCUCCACGACCCCUACCACCCCUAUUCAUCAACAGCAUCUUGGGCCGCCUCUUGAAGUUGGCUUUGUCUGGGAAGCUGAGACCCAGACAGAACCUUACACUGAGGAGGCUGUGUUUCCUAGGACUGUGCUGGUGAACACGGGCUGCCAGACAGAUGAUGAGGGGGAUGAGGGAUUCCACAGCAAUUUGCAGCAACAGCCUCAUCCCAGGAUGACUCGGACACCCAGCCCUGUGAAAGACCAGGAAAUUCAAGUGAUAGAGGAGGAUUUAGUGAAUCCCCUGAAGCGACUUUUGUCUCAGAAAACACGCAAAUAUGACCUUCUCGAGAUGCCGCUCCUCAAGCGUCGCAUCUACCAGCGCCGCAGCGGCUUUACCCACCAGAGGCGCCGCACUCUGUCUGCCUCAGAUAUGCCGUGUCACCAACACUGGGAUGCACCAGGUGUAUCAGAGCCUUGGAGUGGUCCAGAAGUAGCGACGGUUUCGGGCAUGACAGAAAUUAUGCCCCCGUGGUGCAAGCCAGAAUGGGCAACAGCAUGGAGUGGAUCCAUAGGGCCAUGGGACAAGCCAGAGGAUGCUGCAGAAUGGAGUGGACCGAAAGUGGCGAUGGCAUUGAACAGGCUGAAAAUUAUGUCUCCACACUGGAAUCCAGAAGGAACAGCGACGUGGUAUGGACCGAAGGUGGCGUGUGACAGGUCUGAGAUGGCGUGGGACACGCCCGAGAUGGUACAGGACACCCCCGAGAUGGUGUGGGGUACGCCCGAGGUGACGUGGGGCAAGCCCGAGGUACCGUUGCCCCAGUACCUUGACGCCUCCCCACCCAAUAGCGGCACCUUUGGCCUCACGGACUCCUCCUCCCUGGUGGCCUCGCUAAGGGACCUUGGUCAAGACCUGCCCUCAGCUUAUCCAGAUGCUCUUCCACAAGACGACCUCGCAGAUCUCGAUCCGGACAACUUCUCAUUCUUCCCCGAGAACGAAAUAAGGCGUCUCGCACUACGGCAUGCGCCUGGAAGUAUGGUAGCGGCUCUGAAUUCUUCCCCGGUGAUCCAGACUCUGAGCGGCUGCUACACGGGCGAGUUUCCCCACUUACCUGUACCUGGGACGGGGAGGACCUAUUCUCUCCAAGGCGGCAGAAAAGACCUCAUCUCUCUCAAAGACCUGCGUCGCCAAGCGUGUCCCCACGUCACUUUGGCGCCCCCACACAACUCUGACGACGAGGACUCUCCUGUGCGGAUUGUCCCGUCUCCUCCCCUUCCCGCUGAUCCUCCCACACACCAGUCGAAGGGUCUCUUAUAUAGCCCUACGAGAAGCCUCUUGCGUACUAGCAGUGAGAGCCUGGUUUCUUCGGCAGAGGGCGAGGCUGAGGUCUGUUGGAGAACUGGCGGGGAUGCCUCUGGUCACCUUACACGACCGGAGAUGGAAGUGGAGGCGGGAAGCAAAGUGACGGGUGACUUGAACUCCCAAACAGAACGGCGACAGCGAGAAAAAACAGAGGAAGUUAAUAGCAGCGACGGAAAAGAAGAGGAAGUUACAGACAGUGAAGAGAUCAUUACCAAGCAAGACGUGGAGAUGUGGAGUGGCUGCCGAGCAUAUGGAGAAGGUCUGCAGUGGGGUACUGUGCAUGAAGCCAACGCCUUUAUAAUAGACACUUCAGAGGCUGAGUCUGGGGAGAUCCGUGUUAGCGUCGAGGUCCGAGGGAGGGCACUGUGUCUGCCACGGAAGUAUACCAGACUGAGGGACAAGUUGAUGGGGUGUAUCAGGUGUUCUUCUGGGUUACUUGCCCGGCCACCUACUACAUCUCCAUCACCUGGGCGGGGCAACACCUCGCUGGCAGCCCCUUCACAUGUGAGGUGCAGGCGUGAAGGCUGCACACACUACACACAAUCGUCUUACAUGCAGUUUCAUAAUGUGUAAUUCACCUCACCUCGGUCGCCUGUUGGUCACCCAGCCAAUCUUCCCCAUUACGGAGCGAGCUCAGAGCUCAUAGACCGAUCUAGAGCUCAUGUGUGUGUGUGUGUGUGUGUGUGUGUGUGUGUGUGUGUGUGUGUGUGUGUGUGUGCGUAAGACGCCCACUGUAUCUCAUAUAUGCUUCUAUUGAGUGUCAAUGCAGCGAGCAUCUCUUUAUUUUUCUGAAAGACACCUGGCCAUAACCCCGCCAGCUCAGGACGGACAUCAGCUGCCAGGUUUCCGAGUGAUGUCUGAGGAAGUGAGACCGCCAUACAUCCACCGAGAGAAGGCACAGGACAGCUUCCAGUGACAUGAGCAAAUGUGUAUAUGUGUAGCAAUGAAUGACGCGACAUGUAAGAAGAAGCUUCUUCUCCACCUGUUGGUAUGUAAGACUCUUACAUAGUGAAAGACAACGAAGAUAACAAAGUCCACAAGUACUUGUAUCUAUUCAUAUCCGAGGCCAACAUAGUUGUCCAGUAUUAUACAUACAUACAUACAAAUGGAAUAUAUAUAUAUAUAUAUAU